CUCCCCUUAAAAUUCGUUUGCAGCAUAUCCUUAUUUAUUUUAAUCACAUAUGCUUUAAACUGCACUUCCACCACAGAAUUCUAUAUGGUACAUCAAAAGAUCCAGCUUCCAAUAUCUUUUCCUAGAAAUAUCAUUGCAUUUCAUUUCUCUUUUAUAACAUAUUUUGAUCAAAAAAUUUUGGUUUGUUUGUGACUUCAACUUUGCACUUCUGCUAUUCUUUUCCCUUUUCCUCAUGUCUGGUAAUACAUCUUCAUUCAAGCGAAGUGCUAGAGAAAAAUGCUGGGAAGCAAGAGACUUUUAUUUUCAAUGCCUAGAUAAAAACGACAUUUUGGAUCCUUUGAAAGACAGUGAACGGGCGUCUCAGGUAUGCGACUCUGAGAAGAACAAUUUUGAGUCCAAUUGCGUCCAGUCUUGGGUAAAUUAUUUCUGUAAGUUUCGUGUUCAACAACAUAAACAACAAGAAGCAAUUCGAAAACUCGAGGAAAGUGGUGCCCGUCGUUUAUAAUGAAAGUUUCCUUCCUUCCUUCAUUUUCAAAUUUCAACCAAAACUCUGCUUGAAUGAAAUAAUUUCUCCUUUUUGGAAUUAUUUGCUACAUACAAUCUCUUCUCUUCCCUGUCUUCUGAUGAAGUACCACAGACUACCCCUUCUCUAUAUGCAACUAGGAAUAAUAUAGAUUUACCUAUUUCAUGAAUAUAAAUCUUUAAUCGUUACUUAAAGAAAUAAUA